UGUACCCCGUGACUGCAAACCCGUGCGGAUAGCAUUAACGUGCUAAUGUUCAGAAAACAGUACCUGUAGCUGUAAUCCUCUGUAGUCUGCACUUCAUGUAGAUCCAACAAGUCCAUUCAGAUCCCUAACUAGCAAUUCAUUCAAUACCAGCUCCGCGCUCUCGGCACUCUGCCUUCUGAAGUUCCAACUCUCAACUUCUCUCUUCUCCUGUUCAUUUUUCGUUUGUAUCUGAAAAUUGAUAAUCGUCCGUCUAACUGGCUCCCGUCGCAAGGUUACAGGGAGAAGAAUGGAAAAAACGAGAUGGUUUUGGGUUUGGGUGAUCACUUCUCUCUUCUUCAGACUCGUUCUGAUAUAUUUCCCUGAAAAUCUCAAUUUGGGUUUUCGCCCAGAAGUCGCUACACCUCUUACUAGUCUCCGUCGCUUGGCUGAAGGUUACUGGUUGAAACAGUCAUCCAUGUCUCCUUACGCAGGGUCUAUGUACCACGGCUCUCCUAUGCUGCUGUCCAUUCUCGGACCUUUGACUGUUAAAAGAAUUGAAGGCCAACCAAGCCAUCUAAUGUGCAGCUUGUUGUUUGUGGUUGCAGAUUUGGUGACAGCAAUGCUCAUCCGUGCAACUGGUCAGACUCUACAGUUGGCAUACAGUCAGAGUUUGAGAUCACUAAACCUUGUAAGCUUGUUAGAAAGUUCAGAGACUCUUUCUGCGGGGGAUAUUGCUGCUCUUGUAUACUUAUGGAAUCCUUUGACAAUAAUAACAUGUGUUGGUUCUUCCACAUCUCCCAUUGAAAACUUGUUGAUCGUUCUGUCUCUCUAUGGAGCAUGUUUACGUAUAGCUCCCUUGGCAGCAUUUGGAUGGGUCCUUGCUAUGCAUUUGUCUCUUUAUCCUGUGAUCUUAAUCAUUCCGGUGAUUCUCUUAUUAGGAUAUGGUCCUGAUGCUCCUCCAAGGAAAUUGUUCCUGCAAAAAAAUUCCAGUGAAAAUGGAAAUAGUCCAUCAUGCCAUGGCAACUAUCCCUGCAAUGAAGUUACAAGUCAGGAAAAGCUACCAUUACACCCAUUCCUUUGGAGACCAGUUAUGCAUUUCAUGUUAUGGGCAUCAUUCUGGUUAUUUUAUGUUUUUGUUCUAUGUAGCAUUUCCCUUAAACAGCAUGGUGGCCUGUUGGAGAUGUUAAAAAGAACACAUGGAUUUAUUCUUACUAUGGAAGAUCUAUCUCCUAAUAUUGGCGUCUUAUGGUAUUUCUUUGCAGAGGUUUUUGAUUUCUUCAGGGAUUUCUUUCUAAUUGUUUUCCACAUCAAUAUUCUCUUCAUGAUAUUACCAUUGGCCAUACGCCUGAAACAUCGGCCAUGUUUUUUGGCUUUUGUGUAUAUUGCAAUCUCUUCCAUGCUUAAAUCUUAUCCUUCUGUUGGAGAUUCAGCACUGUACUUGGGUAUUCUGGGUUUGUUUAUUAAUGAACUAGCAGAAAUGAAGUUCUCUUUCUUCCUUUUUUGUGGUUACAUCGGAGUUUCUCUGCUCAGCCCUGUGAUGCACAACUUGUGGAUAUGGAGGGGUACUGGCAAUGCAAACUUCUACUUUGCUACUGCUAUUGCUUAUGCAUGCUUACAGCUUUUCUCACCAGAUAUGGACAAAUGGCAUGGUCCUGCUUUGGUUUGCUUUUGCCCACCUGAGUCAGUUUUUCAGCUUCUGCAAGGGUGGUCAAUGGGACUGAAUAGAAGGGGUAACUUGUUAUGAAAGACUCUACUGGCUGCUAUUUUGUGGACUAUAUUGGAAGGAAAGAGACCAUUGCAUAUUUGAUAACAAGUAAUAUGAUUUAGAUAAAGUUGAGUAAUCUUAUAGGUUUACUGUGUUCUUGGUUGGGUAUACAAAGGAUAUUUCAUGGUAUCCAGCUUUUAUUGCAACUUGGACCUUUCUUUGGGUAACUUCUCAUGUUUUUUGUAUAUUCCCAUUGUACAGAUUCUCUUUGUACAUAGGGUGAUGUAAUUGGCUUUCAAUAUCAAUAAAUACAAUAACCUUCAGAAAAAAGGAAGACGUGGAGCAUCUUUUUUUGUCCCAGAAAAAGAAGAAAAGAAAAAAAGAAGACAUACCUUGGUUUCUCUUGUGUGUUGAUUGGAUAAAAUCUUCAAGUUCUUCCUUGCUUGUUGGUUCAGAUUUUGAGGUCUUCAAAGUUCAAGAAUGUCCACUGACUUGCAGGUUGAUUGAACACAAAAAAAUAAGAAAAUAAUAAAAGGAACUCACCAUUUACUAAUCUCCUGUUCAUUUGUUACUAGCAUUUGGGUAUGAUUCCCUCUACUUAUUUGGCUGCAGGUGGUGUAUGCAGUGGUUUGAGGCUGCUUAUUGGUGUAUGCAGUUUUCAAAACACUGGUUUAUUUAGGAGCUAUAAGCUCUGGGUAAAGCAGCCUCAAAUGCUGGCUUAUACGAGGAAGUAUGGUAUUGACACAAGUAGUCAUAUGAAAAUGUCUCUAGGAGAAGUGGGUUCUACCAUAUUGCUAGAUGUUUGCAAGGUCGAACUCAAGGCUUUGGCAUGGGUAGUAAUAUGAACAAUGGCUAUCUAGGGGACAUAGGCUGAAAAAACAGUAAUAUGCAUCUUUUGUCUGACAUAUAGACCAACCCCAUUGCAUCGCUAGAUGCAUGCAAGUUCUGAGUGAACUGAAGGUAUGUUUUAAAAUUGAUGCAAGACUAAAGCAUACAUUUAGAAUUACAGAGCUUCCAAGGGGGUAUUUUCUAAGCAUUUGGAACAUAAAAAAUGAUAGUUAGAUAUUUGAAGCAAGGAGCAAAUUAAAGGCAAAGAAGGCAAAAUUGGCAGUGGAUGUAGCUGUUACUUGCAUUUUAUUGCAAAAUGAAAAUGCACACUUUCCUACAUUGUUGCGAUUCAUGCUUUACCAUCAUAACUUAAUGCU